GAAUGCUUGGCUAUAUAACCGCCAGGACAGUUUUGGUAUUCAAUGUGGACCUGCACCUUCAUCCUCCUGGUUCGGUCUUAAAUUUGUCGGCGAGAAGUUUUAGUGAGCAGCCGCCAAGCUCGGUUCUUUAUUAGAAGUCCUUUGGUAUUUGUACUGCCUGCACGGACAAACAAGAUGGAGAGAAUGGUUUUCUCUGCAAUCAUUCUGUGUGCCUCUGUGACGAUGGGCUUUGCGUGCACCUGUAUACUGGAGAAUUCUGGCCGACAACUUUUGCAGGAAAGACAUGAUCAUCCGAGGAACAGCCAUUGCCGAGUACAAGGAGAGAGAUCCUUCUACAGCUAUUGGCGACUCAUGGAUGCUCGACCAGACUGCUAUGUGGGUCUACACAGUAAUGAUAGACGAAGUCUUCUGGGCCAAAGAAGAAUUCAAAGGAAUGGAGAACAUCACAGUCAUCACAUCUGUCGCCGACAAUCUGUGUGGCACGCGGUUUGAGCUCGAUGUCCCCUACAUUUUCUGUGUCUUUGCUAACAACGGGACAUUCACAACGGGAUUGUGUGAGCCAAACAUGUCGUGGGACCACACAGAAGAAGGAGACAAGGAAUUCAUCUCGAGCCUCAUUCCACGUUACUGCACGCGACAGAAAGUUAAGAACGCGAGGAAGACGGCGCCAUGAUGUGACGUCAUGGGGGACGACGAGCGCGAGCUCUGGACGCUCCGUUAUCCGCCUCGUCAGUGUUUACUCCACUGUUGAUGCUUCCUAAAACUGUUUUGUGUGGAAACUUUUGCUUUGCUGUAAAGACAUGCUUUUUGUUUGUACAAACGCACGUGCUUCGCUUAAAAAGUACGUUAAAGAAAAGAAACUGUGCAAAUGAUUCGAUGUAAUUUAUUAUAUUCUUCUAAAAUACAUAAUAAAUAUACAUAAUACACAAU